AUGACAGUAAGGCCCAGUGACUAUGAUGACAGUAAGGCCCCAGUGACUAUGAUGACAGUAAAGUCUCUAAUGAGCAUGAAGCCCCCAGUAACUAUAAAAAGCCAAAAGGUCUACAAAAAUUGGCUCCAUAUUGCUGGCAAAUGCCUUGAUAAUCUUAAAGUAUCUUCUGAUGAAUCAAGCCAUGUACUUGCUGAGUGUAAUCAAAAUAUUUGUGAGAAGGGUGGUUGA